AUGAUUCUAUUCAUAAUUGUCGGUUUCCUACCAUAUUUGUAUGGUGAGAUUGUGAGAAUUCCUCUCCACCCUGUGAGAAGAUCUGAUUCAUUGCUGGGACUUGGUGCAACUUACUUUAAGCCUUUGACGAGAAAAUGGAAGUAUGAAUGGAAUAAGCAGAAUACAUCUACGUCGGAACAAUUGAUUAAUUAUGAAAACCUUCAGUAUUAUGGUGAGAUAUCAGUGGGAACUCCACCUCAAAAGCUACGAGUAUUGUUCGAUACAGGAUCCACUGACACAUGGUUCGCUUCAAGGAAGUGUUGGUUUCUUGAUAUAUUUUGUUGGAUGUUUUCAUUUUACGACAGCUCGAAAUCAUCCACUUACAGACCAAACGGUUCCAUUUUUAAUGUCCAUUAUUUAGACAGUGAUUACUCUGGAUUUUGGAGUGUGGACACUAUACGAAUAAACUCGUUGGAGAUUCGGAAUCAAGCGUUUGCUGAAGUGAGGAGUAUAUUUAAUCUCGAUUACUUAUCUGAUAAAUACGAUGGAGUAAUUGGCAUGUCGACUAGACGGUUGUCGAAAUAUGGGAAUAUCCCAGUAUUCCCAAAUAUACUUCAGACUUUCCCGAAUAUGGACCCAAUAUUUUCAUUUUAUUUAAGUCAGGAAAAUGGGACUUCGAUCGGUGGUGAAAUGGUACUUGGUGGUGUUAAUCCUGAAUAUUUUGAGGGAGAUUUGGAAUAUAUGCCGACCGUAAACAACAAUACAUGGACAGUUAGAAUGUCAAGCUUGAUGAUAAAUGAUAUUGAGUUUUGCAAUGGAUGUACUGCUUUUAUUGAUACUGGGACAUCAACGAUUACUGGUGGAAAAGAGCAAGUAACGAGAAUCAACACAAUGCUUGGUAUUUCCUUUCAAUUCGGUAGAAGAAAUUUCCUUGACUGUAAACGAAUCGACAUGCUGCCUCCGAUCGAGUUUAUCUUUCGUAAAAAGAAGUACAUAUUGGAACCACAAGAUUAUGUUAUUAAGGAGGACUUUUGGUUUAAAACAGUGUGUUCGUCACCUUUUGACAUUGAUGAUUCUUUACCACCGAAUUUUUGGGUUCUCGGUGACGUUUUUAUGAGAAGAUUCUAUACUGUAUUUGAUUUCGGUCAGAAACGUAUUGGAUUAACUUAUGUUUUAAAUAAGAAGAAUGAAACGAGAAUUUAA